UUUUUUAAAAAUAUUGCUCUUAUGAAUUAAGUUCUUUAAAGGAUUUGUCCCAUGAAGCAGAAGUUUGCCGCCGAAGCCAUCUUAGGAAGAAACUACAAAUUGUGCUAGGCUGACUAAGGCUAAAGAGCAAAAUGUCUGACGAAGAAAUGGAUGGGUUUGUGUGCCGCUUAAGGGGAUUGCCAUGGUCUGCAACUCCUAGUGACAUCAUUAAAUUUUUUAAUAAGAGUGAGAUUGCUGGGGGUGAAGCUGGAGUGCACCUGACUUUCUCCAGAGAAGGGCGAGCCAGUGGAGAAGCUUUUGUUGAGUUUGCUUCUGAAGAAGACCUGGAAAGAGGCCUGGAGAAGCACAAUGAGCAUAUGGGACAGAGAUACAUAGAAGUGUUCCGAUCUAAGAAGAGUGAGAUGGAAUGGGUGAUUAAGCGAGCAGGAUCAGAUCAGAUUCAUAACAUGAGUGAGGCAGUGGUCAAGCUACGUGGACUACCAUUUGGCUGUUCCAAAGAGGAAAUAGCACAGUUUUUCUCAGGGUUCGAGAUUGUACCCAAUGGGAUAAUGCUACCAGAGGAUCGGCUGGGGCGCAGCACGGGGGAGGCGUUCGUACAAUUCGCUUCCCAGGAGAUAGCAGAAAAGGCCCUGGGUAAACACAAGGAGCGCAUAGGGCACAGAUACAUAGAAAUUUUUAAGAGCAGCUUGGGUGAGGCCACUGCAGUGGUAGGAAGUCAGAGGGGAAGCUUCAGACCUCAAAUGGGCAUGGGUCGACCAGGGCCUUAUGACCGGCAUGACAGAUACAGCAGUCCAGGUGGUGCUGGCAUGGGAGGCCCAAUGGGUGCGGGCUUCAACAGGGGUCGUGGAAGCAGAAACUUGAAAGGCUACUUUGAUGAUGAUUUUAAUGAUUAUAAUGGAGGCUACGGGAUGGGAUUUGGAGGCCGUGGGCGUGGCAGUUCACGAGGGCGCAUGUCAGGAGGUAUGAUGGAUGACAGAGGUAGAGGUGGUGCCCCAGGAAGCCAUUACAUGAGCAAGACAGGCCACUCGGUCCACAUGAGAGGUCUUCCUUUCCAGGCUGGUGAACAAGACAUAUUUGAUUUCUUUUCCCCUAUCCAGCCAGUUAGGGUCAGCUUUGAGUUUGGACCAAAUGGACGUCUUACAGGCGAAGCAAAUGUGGACUUUGCUACUCACCAAGAAGCUUUGGAGGCUAUGAAGAAACACAGAUCUAACAUGCAGCACCGUUACAUUGAACUUUUCCUCAACUCCACUCCCCAGACUCGUGGUGGAUCUGAGGGAGGUGGCUAUAACAGCGACAUGGGGGGUGGCAGCUUUAGCAGUGGAAGCUUAGGAGGGGGAGGAGGUAGCUAUGGUGGAAGUGGAGGCUAUGGAGGGGGCAACAGUAACAACAGCAGCUUAGGUGGAGGGGGCUAUGGUAUGGGGGGUGGAAGCAGCAGCCUUGGUGGAUUUGGCAGCAGCCAGGGUAGCAGCUAUGGCAGCAGCCCAGGCCAGCAGUACAGCAGUGGUGGCAUGGGGGGAGGAUAUGGCAUGGGUGGCAGUAGCAUGAAUGGCAACUUGAAUUCCAGCAUGGGUGGAAACAUCGGAAGUGGCUAUGGAGGACGAGGGAUGAGCAGUAGCUACAUGGAUAGUGGUGGUGGAUACGGCAGCUUGUCGUCAAGCAGCAUGGGGGGGAUGAGUAACUCAAAUUACUCCUCAUUCUGAACAGAUUGUAGCCAUGCGUGAGCCACAGCUGGCAGUUGAAGAGUACACUGGAUAAUAUAAUGAGCAUGACUUGAAGAUGCAUUUCAGGGUCCUGAUUAUGACAACAGUUUAAAAACAAAUCAAAAGCAUCAGUUGAGAACAUAAUGUGCUUUUGAAAUGUAGUUCAUUAUAUGUGAAUGGGAGUAAAGAUGCUUUCUUUGUUGUUUAGUACUUAUACAGUGAGUCACUUACAUUGUUUAAAGUUGGUCUUGGUACACCUACUGCCAUUGGCAAGCAAGGAGAGUUUUUAGGACAUGUUGGUGAUGCUAUGUUUUAUAGAAUCGUCUUUUGAAUGGCAGCAAACUCCUGAGUGCAUAAAGAUGAAUAACUUUUGGGGAAUCAUUACCAGUCUAUUUGCAAGUGUUUGUAAAUGUAAAUUCAUAGUUUGUAUGGCAGAAUAUAGUUUGUUUUGAAUAAUCAGUUACAUAACCAACAACUCUAAACACUAUUUUACAAGUCUUACAGUCUGAAAAGUGGCAUAUUGUAAACAUGAAGGAGACAAAGCUAACAUUAUUCAUCAAACAGCAAUUAUUAAACUAAUGUAGUAAUUUUUUUUAACACAUUACAAGACAUAAGUUUUUUUUCUCUCUCUCUCUGAUGAUGAUGAAUUUUCUCUUUCAGCAGAAAGCAAGUAUUAUGUGAUAAAUAAAUUUUUGACAUUAUUCAAUGCAGAGACAUUUUGCUUUGAUUAUGGAUCCUUUACCACCUAAACUGCUGCCUCUGUUUUCUUCCAAUUGCAUUUGUGUUUUUACCUUUAAAAAGGAAAAUACAGGUAUUUAAAAAAAAUAAUGACUAUUGUUGUUGCAGAGCAUUCAGGUAUCCUAUAUAUAGAAAAGAAUUUUAGGAUUAGGCUUAACACUUUCCUUAUAUAAAGUUGUACAAAAAAAGGCUUUGUUACUGUUUCAUUGCUGUUGGUUUUUAGUUUGCUUCCAACACAGAUAAUGAAAUUAUCGGAGCAUACCUUGUCUGCAGUUGAAAUUUGACUUCAAUUUUUGUUUUGCACAGUUGAUGGGCGUUUGCCUUUGUUCAUCAGUGCACAUAAAAAGUGGAUAUACCAUGUCUGACCACUCCUAAGCAGUGUAGUGGUUGCAGUGAUGUCUCACUUAUCCAUUUGUGCAGUUUUGCAGAAAUUUUUAAGCUCUGAUCUGUUUUACAUUACAGUACCUGUUUUGUUUUUUUUUAAAGGCACAUGAAUUGCAGAAAAAAAUGAUUAGUCGUAUAUAUUUGAUCUGAAUUUUCUGCCAAAAUAUUUUGUUGUAUUUUCUAAUGUAGCUGAUCAGGUCAGCAUAUGAAUGCUACUUCAUUGGCUGGCCAAUAAUAAUCAGCUGUUCCAUUUUUUUAAUUUUUAUCAUCUGUCACCCCACACAAUGCAUUGGAAUAAAACUUUAAAAUUCUUUAUACAUUGUUUGUUCUUUUGUUAACUAUUAUGUAAAGUGCCAUGCAAAUAAACAGUAGUUCACAAACCUAAA